CUUCUCCAAGUAAUUUGGCGGUAAAUCUUACUUGGCACAUUGACACAUCAUCUUCCACAUCAGAUUUAGCGCCAAUAACCCUAAAGAGUAACGCCCCUUCUUCCCAUGAAAUGCGAACUUCAACUUUUGGAAAGCAGAUCAAAUCAGAUCUACAACAACAGAUCAAAACCACAUCCCCUAAUUGACAAUGGAAUUGACACCUUCCAAUUUUCUCAAAUCAACGGAGAAGAAACAUCAACCGUCUGAUCAUGUCAUCAUGAAAACUCCAAAGAAGUUUCUACAUCCUCCACAACGAAGUAAAUAUCAUCGUCGUUCUACUCCAUUGCCAGAAAAGUAUGAAAUUUAUUUGAAAUUCUUUGAUGCAUUGGAUGCUUCGUUGAAGUUACUUCGAUUGCGGAAAUCAAUUCCUGUUUUCAGUAAAAUUAGGGUAAUGAUUGAGACUAUAUCAGAGAGGAGAUUUACUCAUCAACACUUGGCGCAAUUGAAGUUUCUUCUGCCAGAAGAGAUUGGAAUCAGAAAGGUCUUGAUGCCUGAUCAGGAAACUCGCUGCAUGAAAUAUGAUCUUCAUCUCACAUUAAAUUCCAUGGCUCGUGCAAAGAAAAGGAAGCGAGGAAGUAAACACUCCUGUUUAAAAUAUCACUUGAUUUCACAGCUCUUGGAGUUUCUAAGGGAUCAUCCUGAGGGAACUGAAAUACCUGAAGAAAAAUUGCCUGAACCAUUCAAUCAGAAAAGGCACGAUGCAUUGUUAAGUAUCUCCAAACCUUCCAGUUCCCGUCCUCCCACGCAGAAUUUCUCUGGUGUAGCUGUAGAGUUACAUACAGCACGAGCAUCCCAUAUUCCUCCAUCUUUCAGGAACCAUUUUUCAAGAGGAGGUUCAGACUACGAAUUAAGGAAGAGUCUCCAGAAUCCAUUAGUGUCCUCGCACCAAGAACAAUUAAUGCCCGUUUUGAAUCCAUCUAAUGAUGGGAAUUCAAAUUCAUCUACUCCUCUUCUACCAGAGACUCUGCCUUGUAAGCUCCCCGCUGGUCAACAGAAGCACAAACCUCUGGCAGAUAUUGAUACUUGUCCUGAGCAGCACGAGCAGGCAACACCGAUUAAAUUUUCUGGAACUCCAAUCAAACCAUCCACACCACUUCUGCGAACACCUAAGAGAUCUUGUUCAAGUGUAGAUAAAAAAGUAUUUGAUCGGCAGUCUUGCGCUAGAUCACUUCGAUUUGAUGAACCUUCAAGAGAUGUACACAUUGAACUUCACAUUGACGACUCUGAAUGCUCUAAUAUUAACGAUAUUCUUCCCAAGAAUCUUUUACAAUCGCUAAAGGAAAAGGAGAAGCAAAGUGUAGAAAUGGUAAAAAGGAAACAGAUGAUGAAAAAACUUCCUAAGCUCUUCGACAGAAUAUAUAUACUAUUUCAGAAUCCCAAAUCUUCAGCAAUUAGAAAAGAGGCAUUGAUUCACGCCUUGACUGAAUGUCAUCUAGACAUCACCGAUGAAAUUGAAGUAGAGGAACAGCUAAAACUGCUGCAAGAAAUCAUCCCUGAAUGGAUGAUCCGCAAGUUUUCACCUUCAGGAAACAUACUUUACACCAUCAACAAGGCGCUAAAUCCGAUCAGUCUACGCCUGAAACUUGACAGAGCCGUCUGACAGCCGCCCCUGUGACCGAUCAUUUUGAGCUUGGAAAGAGGAUAGAGGAAGAGCCUAUAUGUUUUUGUUUUUGAGGCUCUCCUAGUUCUUGAAUGAGUUAUGGGUUCCAUAGAUGUUGGGUAUUUAAGUUAAUUGAAAAUCUUAUCGUAGGUACAGAAAGAUUAGAUUCUCUCAGCACGGAAUGAAUAUUGGUAUAUUACCUAAGGGGCAAGAAUCGAUUCCACCCUUUUCACGCUCAGUAUUAUUUCUUAGCUAGAAUCUUGCCUUGUGAAUGUUCGGCUGAGCCUGUGUCUCGUGUAGAGGUGUUCAAUGGACCAGGCCUCAUUUUGAGCCCUUAUCUGGCCCGUUUUAAGAAGGGUUUAAUAUGGGCCGGGCCGAAAACGGGCUAUGCUAUAAUUAAAAUGAAACGGGUUAUAAAAUGGCUCAAUAAGGGCCAAAAACGGGCCUUUGUAAAUAGCAUAAUUAAUAUAUAAUUUAAAUAUUAUAAAUGACAAUGUCAAUAAAAUUAUUAAUAUUUUGAAGGGCCCUUAUUCGGCCCGGCUCAUAUUUACUUAAGUCCGGCCCGAUCCAUUGAACACCCCUAUACGAAAGUCUGUACAAGCGCAGUAGGCGUUAUACCCAUUAAUGGUGAUGCUCUAAUUUGUGUGAUAUUAG